CCUGGAGGGAUGGCGGCGGCGAUGCGGGAAGCUGGGCCCCCGUCGGGAUCCCGGGCUGGAACCGGAUCCGCGGCCGGGAUGUCGCUCUCUGAGCGCCUGCGGAUGGUGCUGGGCGACAGGAGGAAGGCGAACGGCGUAAUCGACAUCCUGGAGGCGCUGCAGGCUCAUCCAGAGGCCAAUGUCCUUGAAGCCAUCAGGACGUGUAGCACCUUGUUCUGCACCUUGCUGCAGCGAGGAGAUAUGUUUGUUGGCCAGUUGCCUGGGGAAGACAAGGCCAUGUCAGCUGACUUCGAUGCUGAGACGAAGUACAAGAUCUGGAUGAGGCAUCGCUACCGAGCUUGUGUCCAGCAGCUCUUUCAUCUGAUGGACCACGGAUCAGUUGGAAUGCAGGAACUGGCACUGCGCACGCUAAUGAAGUUUGUGCAGACCGAAGGAAUGAAGCCUCUCGUGCAACGUGAAGACGAAGAUUCUUGUAUCUUCCCUGUGGAGUUGCUGACGUCCCUUGUGAAGCACUUGCUUUCAGUGGAAAGAGAUGCAUCGUCGCUGAUCUCCUGUUAUCAGACCUACCUGAAGCACGCUGAUGUCCGCUACUACACUCUGGCCACCACUGCUGAUAACAUACCAAAGGUCAUUCGCAAGGCCAAGUGGGCUGUGCUUCCUGUUUACCAACAGAACGUGUUCAGCCUUCUGUCUUCAAUCUACAUGCCAACCGAGGAGAAGGAACUCACAAGUUUCCUGGUGAAGCAGAAAGGGCAGCACGAGCGAUACAAAGCAGCGAAGCUCGAGGAGCACAAGAAAAAAUUUGAGCAAGUCUGGUUAGUGUUCCUGAAGUACAAGCUGCCUGCCGCUCUCUACAAGAAGGUGCUGGUGAUUCUACAUGAGGAUGUUCUACCACACAUGAGCGACCCAACCCUGAUGAUUGAUUUCCUCACGGCUGCCUACGACAUGGGUGGAGCCAUUAGCCUACUCGCCUUGAAUGGACUUUUCUACCUUAUCCAUCAACACAACUUAGAAUACCCAGACUUCUACAAAAAGCUGUAUAGCUUAUUGGAUCCCUCUGUGCUCCAUGUCAAGUACCGGGCCAGGUUCUUCCACCUGCUCGAUCUGUUCCUGUCAUCCAGCCAUUUACCAGCCUACCUGAUCGCAGCGUUCAGCAAACGUUUAUCCAGACUGGCUCUCACCGCACCACCUGAGGCUCUACUAAUGGCCAUUCCCCUCAUAUGUAACCUAAUCCGCCGGCAUCCGUCUUGCAAAGUUCUUCUUCACCGACCUGCUGAGGAUCAAGGUCUCUCUGCUGAUCCGUAUGUGAUGGACGAGGAGGAGCCCUCACAGUGUCGAGCGCUGGAGAGUUCCCUGUGGGAACUGCAGACUCUACAGCAGCACUACCACCCAGACGUGGCCAACGCAGCAGCCGUGAUCAGUAAGGCUUUGUCGGACCAGGAGGCUGAUCUCUCCAUGCUCUUCGACCUUUCUGUUUCAGAGCUCUUCGAAAAGGAGCCGAAGAAGAGAGCAAGGAGCGGCCCUUUGGAGUUCGAGCCUGCCGAGGGUUUGCUGAACCGGCCGAGCAAGUUGGUCUGUCAGCAUUGGGCUUUGGCGUAACAGUUGCUGCAAAUGUGUAUAUAUUUUUUAAAAAAAUGUACAUUAUGGCUGAAAGUGAAACCACUAAAAAUGACUUUUCUCAGUUGCUUCAUAAAAGAUCUGUCAAAAGGAAACCACUCUGAUAUUU